GGGAAUGCUUCGAACAUGGCCAGAAAUACAAAAAUUUGUCCAAGUCACGCAUAUGGCUGAUCGCUGGGUGAGGUGCGGGUGGUGCCUGGGUGAAUCCCCCGCAGUUAGUGCCAGUUAGGAGCAUGUAAUGUAAUACAUUCUGUUUCGACACUUUCGUUUUGUCACCAUGCAGAGGCAGACGAGCAGCCAGCGCACAUCCCUGACCAAGUCCAAUGUGGCCGCAGCAUUGGGCGCGCCGUCAAAGGCGACUGUACGCUAUAUGCCCAGCUAUCGGCUGGAGCCCAAGAAUCCCCUGAACAAGGAACGUUUGGAGUUAACCAUGCGCGCCAUCAUGAACAAGAACUAUAACGAUGAUUAUCUGUUCCAUCCGAGACAGUCCUAUCAUCUGGCUGCCCAGGUCAGCGAAGAGAUUAAGAACAGCAUCAAACUUCUGAAUUUCGAUAGGUGGGUGGUUACUUAUCCUCGAUCCCAAAUUGCCCUAAACUUUUGCCUUGUAUGCCAGCCCAGAUAUCGCUACGUUGUGCUGGUGACCGUUGGCGAGCUACUGAUGCAGGGACUCUGCUCCAUGGUGAACUUCCUGUGGGAUGCCGACAAAGAUGGGUUUGUCACCUACACGAUCGAGACACCCAAAUUUGUAGCUGUCUGCACAAUAUUCUAUUUGUACUAUGAUUGAGAGUGCGAAGGGAACCUAAAACCAAAGUUAAUAAAUAUAUAAGAACGAAAUUGAUAUAUGUGAAGGGAAGAUAUACGAUGGAUAUAGAAUAAUAAAUAAAUAUGA